AUCUGAUCCGCAGGCGGCCCGCAAUUCCUCCUCACCCACACACCCACCCACCAGCAGCAAUCCAUCCAUCCCUCGCAGCUCCGGCGGCGAUGCCGGCGGGCCAGCAGCCACCGGCGCGCGAGCCCGACGGCGGCGACUCCAACCACCACCCCCACCCGCCGCCCCCCACGCCCGCGCUCCCGUCCGAGGUGGUGCCGGCCUACCCGCCGCCGGAGUCGGAGGACGACGAGUCCUGGGUGUGGACGCAGAUCAAGGCGGAGGCCCGGCGCGACGCCGACGCCGAGCCGGCGCUCGCCUCCUUCCUCUACGCCACGGUGCUCUCCCACCCCUCCCUGCCCCGCUCCCUCUCCUUCCACCUCGCCAACAAGCUCUGCUCCUCCACCCUCCUCUCCACGCUCCUCUACGACCUCUUCCUCGCCUCCCUCACCGCGCACCCCUCCCUCCGCGCCGCCGUCGUCGCCGACCUCCUCGCCGCGCGCGCCCGCGACCCCGCCUGCGUCGGAUUCUCCCACUGCCUCCUCAACUACAAGGGCUUCCUCGCCAUCCAGGCGCACCGCGUCGCGCACGUGCUCUGGGCGCAGAACCGCCGCCCGCUCGCGCUCGCCCUCCAGUCCCGCGUCGCCGACGUCUUCGCCGUCGACAUCCACCCCGCCGCCGUCGUCGGCAAGGCCAUCCUCCUCGACCACGCCACCGGCGUCGUCAUCGGGGAGACCGCCGUCGUCGGUGACAACGUCUCCAUCCUCCACCACGUCACCCUGGGUGGGACUGGCAAGGCGGUCGGCGACCGCCACCCCAAGAUUGGGGACGGCGUGCUCAUAGGUGCCGGCGCCACAAUCCUCGGCAACGUCAUGAUUGGAGCCGGGGCCAAGAUUGGGGCUGGCUCCGUGGUGCUGAUAGAUGUGCCGGCGCGGAGCACGGCGGUGGGGAACCCUGCCAGGCUCAUCGGAGGGAGGAAGGGCGAGUCCGACAAGGACGAGGACAUGCCCGGAGAGUCCAUGGAUCACACCUCCUUCAUACGGCAGUGGUCCGACUACACCAUCUGAGAGAGCCAUUGUCCAAGGUCUAUUACUCAUCCUCUGUAUCAGUAACCGUGUUGUGCUACCAAAUACGUAGUGAUUUUGUUUUGGUAUUGUUCGCUUGUGGAUGAACAUCAACUGUAGUCUAAUGUCAAGUGUGUAUGGCCAAUUGUUUCUUCAGCUGAGCGACCAUGCUCGGAUACUGAUAGUGGAUGAUUGAUCAAUGAAUAAUUUUGUGAUCUACAAUGGAUUUGGUUGUAUUUUCAAUCAUUUGCUGGAUUAA